AUGUUGGAGAAUGGAUUAGCCUGUGAAAGGCAGGUGAACAAAACCUUGAGGUGCGGAGAAAUCUCAUUCGAUAGUCCUGACCAGAAUGCCAAAUGUGUUCGCAUGCUAGGAGAUGCACGGGUGAGAAGUCAGACAGGGGUUCUCUCCGAGCGCCGCGGCUCCUACCCGUUUAUAGACUUUCGUCUUCUUAACAAUACUACACUCUCAGGGGAAAUCGGCACCAAGAAAAAAGUGAAAAGACUGUUAAGUUUCCAGAGGUAUUUCCAUGCAUCCCGGUUACUGCGUGGAAUUGUACCACAAGCCUCUCUGUACCUACUGGAUGAGGACUACCUUGGGCAAGCAAGGCACAUGCUAUCCAAAGUGGGAAUGUGGGAUUUUGACAUUUUCUUGUUUGACCGCUUGACAAAUGGAAACAGUCUUGUAACACUGCUUUGUCACCUCUUCAAUGUGCAUGGACUUAUUCACCAUUUCCAGUUAGAUAUGGUUACAUUACACAGGUUUUUAGUUAUGGUUCAAGAAGAUUACCAUAGCCAAAACCCAUAUCACAAUGCUGUCCAUGCUGCUGAUGUCACACAAGCUAUGCACUGCUAUCUGAGGGAGCCCAAGCUUGCCAACUUCCUCACCCCGUCGGACAUCAUGCUCGGACUGCUGGCUGCUGCAGCUCAUGAUGUGGAUCAUCCAGGGGUCAACCAGCCUUUCCUGAUCAAAACUAAACACCACCUUGCCAGCCUGUACCAGAAUGUUUCAGUGCUAGAAAAUCACCACUGGCGAUCUACGAUAGGGAUGCUGCGGGAGUCACGGCUCCUCGCCCACCUGCCCAAGGAGGUGACCCAGGACAUUGAGCAGCAAUUGGGCUCCCUCAUCUUGGCAACAGACAUCAACAGGCAGAAUGAGUUUUUGAUCCGUUUGAAAUCCCACCUUGACAAUCAGGAUUUGAGGUUGGAGGAUGCACAAGACAGACAUUUUAUGCUUCAGAUCGCCCUCAAGUGCGCUGACAUCUGCAACCCCUGCCGGCUCUGGGACCUGAGCAGGCAGUGGAGCGAGCGGGUCUGCGAGGAGUUCUACCGGCAAGGUGACCUGGAACAAAAAUUUGAACUGGAAAUUAGCCCCCUUUGUAAUCAGCAGAAGGAUACAAUACCAAGCAUACAGAUUGGGUUCAUGACGUACAUCGUAGAGCCGCUCUUUGAGAGGUGGGCCCAGUUCACAGGCGAUACCCCCCUGUCUGCAAACAUGCUGAACCAUCUCAGGAGGAACAAGGCCAAGUGGAGGAGUUUGCUCCACAAGCAACACAGCAGUAGUAGGAGCAAUGACCACUCAGGUCAAGUGACUGGCAGCCAGGAACAGACUUUAAAUGAAGAAGAGACUCCUUAGUGGCAGCUUUGCACUUCUUUUCCUUAUAGCACUGCUAUCUCUGUCUUGCUCACAGCAGCAAACAAAAGCCCGAGGAGCCAGGAGCCUGUCGUUGAGAUCGUGGAAAGGGAAGGAACAGCAAAGCAGAAGCUGUAAGGGUCCUCACAAACAGGCCCUCGGCUCUGCUGGGUCCCUUUCUGGAUCUCCUUCCCGUUCGUCUCCCCUCU